AUGUCGUUCAGCCUCCACGGCAACCUGUCCUUCUACCCCCAGUUCAUGUUCAACCUGCGGCGCAGCCCGUUUGUGUUUGGAUUCGGGCCCGAUGAGACGGCGUACGUGCGGAUGAUCCUGUACCGCGUGCCGGUUCAGGACGCGAUGGUGAUGAUACAGCCGCAGCUGACAGCCUACUGCUUCGGGACGCAGGAGCCGGGCAUCACGGCCGACCCCGCCCUCCUGGACGUGAUGUCCAUCACGCCGGAGCGCGUGCUGCUGCUCGACGCCUACUUUUACGUGGUUGUCUUCCACGGGGCCACCGUGGCGCAGUGGCGCAAGGCGGAGUACCACCUGCUUCCGGAGCACAAGGCCUUUGCAGAGCUGCUGGCCGCGCCGCAGGCGGAGGCCAAGGCCAUCGCGCAGCGGCGGUUCCCAGUGCCGCGCGUCGUGGACUGCGACCAAAACGGCAGCCAGGCGCGCUUCCUGCUGGCCAAGCUCAACCCCAGCGCCACCUACAACAGCGCCGCCGCCGUCAGCGGCGAGGUCAUCAUGACCGAUGACGUCAGCCUGCAGGUCUUCACCGACCACCUCAAGCGCCUCGCGGUGCAGUCGUGA